CUCUCUCUCUCACUCAUUCACUCUCACACACACACACACACACACCACCCACCCCACUCCUCUCCUGUCUUCUCUGGCGCUACCUUCUGUCACCACUUUUGCUGGAGCAGCACUUUGGCCGGAGUGAUAGCCAGCAAUGGGCGCCACAUCCCAGUGAAAUGAAUAGAGGAAACCAAGUGAUCUGAUGGCCAGGAGAUGGAGGACUGGAGGACUGGACAACAGGAAACGGCAGUGGGAGACCCACAGGAAGUCCUUGACAGCAUUUACGGAGGUUUUGUUGCUGCCCUAAACGCCAGGUUACCUGGCGCUUCCCGCGACAGAGCUGUCACUCAACCGGGCCUGUCGCGACCUUUGACAUGAAGCGUGACAGUGACACAUCUUGGCACCAACAAACCUCCGAGCCAUGCAUGGAGCCUGGAGGGACAAGAAAACAUUUGGUGACUGCUUCAGUGCCAUGCAUGGAGCCUGGAGGGACAAGAAAACAUUUGGUGACUGCUUCAGUGCCAUGCAUGGAGCCUGGAGGGACAAGAAAACAUUUGGUGACUGCUUCAGUGCCAUGCAUGGAGCCUGGAGGGACAAGAAAACAUUUGGUGACUGCUUCAGUGCCAUGCAUGGAGCCUGGAGGGACAAGAAAACAUUUGGUGACUGCUUCAGUGCCAUGCAUGGAGCCUGGAGGGACAAGAAAACAUUUGGUGACUGCUUCAGUGCCAUGCAUGGAGCCUGGAGGGACAAGAAAACAUUUGGUGACUGCUUCAGUGCCAUGCAUGGAGCCUGGAGGGACAAGAAAACAUUUGGUGACUGCUUCAGUGCCAUGCAUGGAGCCUGGAGGGACAAGAAAACAUUUGGUGACUGCUUCAGUGCCAUGCAUGGAGCCUGGAGGGACAAGAAAACAUUUGGUGACUGCUUCAGUGCCAUGCAUGGAGCCUGGAGGGACAAGAAAACAUUUGGUGACUGCUUCAGUGCCAUGCAUGGAGCCUGGAGGGACAAGAAAACAUUUGGUGACUGCUUCAGUGCCAUGCAUGGAGCCUGGAGGGACAAGAAAACAUUUGGUGACUGCUUCAGUGCCAUGCAUGGAGCCUGGAGGGACAAGAAAACAUUUGGUGACUGCUUCAGUGCCAUGCAUGGAGCCUGGAGGGACAAGAAAACAUUUGGUGACUGCUUCAGUGCCAUGCAUGGAGCCUGGAGGGACAAGAAAACAUUUGGUGACUGCUUCAGUGCCAUGCAUGGAGCCUGGAGGGACAAGAAAACAUUUGGUGACUGCUUCAGUGCCAUGCAUGGAGCCUGGAGGGACAAGAAAACAUUUGGUGACUGCUUCAGUGCCAUGCAUGGAGCCUGGAGGGACAAGAAAACAUUUGGUGACUGCUUCAGUGCCAUGCAUGGAGCCUGGAGGGACAAGAAAACAUUUGGUGACUGCUUCAGUGCCAUGCAUGGAGCCUGGAGGGACAAGAAAACAUUUGGUGACUGCUUCAGUGCCAGGCAUAGAUGUGUGGAAAAGCAAAGCGCGGCGUCGUUAAAAGGUUCUGGCGUGUUGUGGUGA